AUGGCUCCCACUUCCAAGGCUCAGCCUUCAAGAAAAGGUAAAAAGGCCUGGAGGAAAAAUGUCGACGUGCAAGAUAUCCACGCAGGUUUAGAAGCAAAGAGAGAGAAGGAAGUGUUGCAAGGUACAGACGAAGACUUUGUCAUUGAUAAUGAAGGUGACAAUAGAAAGACCCAUGGUUCCAAGUUGAAAAGCAGAGAAAUUUUGGAAAACAAGUCUAAAGUUCCUGCUCUUGUGUCGAGGCAGGUCAAGCAUAAAGUCAGCAAGAAGCAAGCCAAGCAGUUGAUGGCUCUAGCCGGGCGUCUGAAUACCGACUCUAAGCUCAAAACUAGAUUGGACAAGGACGGUAUUAUUAGAGGUAAAAAUGUGGAUGUUUGGGCCGACGAGGAAGAAGUCGCUCAGCCAGAUAGCUACAAGAAGUCUGCUUUCAAGGCGUACAUGCCAGCCACCAAGGCUCCUAAGACUAUGGCACACGCUCCGCUCGCUCUCACAGUCUCAACCACUGAGGUCGGCUUGGUGCACGCAGGUAAAUCGUACAAUCCCGAGUUGGGCUCGUGGAAGGACUUGAUUGAUCGUGAAUUCAACGCCGAGCUGAGUCUCGAGAUGAAACGCCAGGCCAUGGAAGAGCACCAGAAGCGCAUCCAGCAUUUGAUUGAGACUUUGGACGACAAGGAAAUCGACACUUCCGGUGAUGAGGCUCCUGAGGAGGAAGUGGAAGCUGCCGAGGACGAGGAUGAAGAGACCAAGUACAAACUCUCCAUCAACGAGAGAACCGAGUUGAAGAUCAAGACUAAGACUAAGCGUAACAAAGAGGCCGCACACAAGAAGAGAAUGGAGCUUCAGGCCAAGCUCACUGAUCUCAAGAAACAAAUCAAUGAUUUGCUGAAGUUAGAGGACAUUCAGAAAGAAGUGGAAGUUAAAGAGUCACAGAUAAAGAAGAAGGCGCCAAAGAAGUAUUUCCGCCAUGGUAAGAGUGAUGUCACGUUCAAGCCAAUUGAGGUGAAAUUGUCUGAUGAAUUGACCAACAGCAUGAGAAGCGUCAAACCGGAGGGAAACUUGUUUUAUGACCACAUGCACAAGUUGCAGGCUUCUGGACAGAUUGAGGCCAGAGUGCCUGUGGUGAAGAAGAGAAAGUACGCCCGUAAGUUCACGGAGAAGUGGAGCUACAAGAACUUCAAGUAG